AUGCGUGUUUUUUGCCCGGCGAUGAGGGUGACAGGGCGUGGGGCGUUGAGAUGCACCAUACGGUGGUCCCUGACGGUAAAGGAGGAUGAGGCUUUUGUCGAGCAGAUGCGUGUACUUCUGCGACGUUACAGAGCGUUGCCGCUCUCCCGCAUCACAGCGCUGUUCAGCGACGAAAUGCUUGACAUUAUGUCAAACAUAUCCGGUGGGUUACGUCGUUAUUUUCAAGAGCGUCCGUCGCGUUUCCGACUGGAAAUUUUGCCCUCCGGCGUAACAGUUGUCAUGUUGGCUGGGGAUUUGCGGAGCGUUGGCCCCGGUUUGCCCAUUGUUGGGCAGGCACUCGCACAUCUUGCAGUCUCCCCGCAGCAGCAGAUGACAGUAUCGCAACUAUUCUGCGCCCUACCUGCGUUGGAGCAGCGCAAGUGCGGCAAUGAGAAGUACUUGGAGUCAUUUCUGCUGAAGUACCCAUCUUUAUUAACGGUACAGAAUGGCAUGGUGAGGAUGGCACCAACGUCGUUUAUGCAGCUGCGAGGGGGUGUGCCGGCGCCACUGCCAACGUCGCGGGCUCGUGUGGUGAAGCUGCAAAGUCCGGUUCCUGAGCCACCGACGUCGUCCAACACUGCGGUGGAAGAUGCCAAGAUGAAUAAGCUUAUGGCGCUUCUUUAUGGAGUUGUCCCUUUUUCGUACUACGUGCCACUGAGCUUUGUAACAGGACAUUCUCGAAGUUACAUGGCCUUCUCCCCGGGAAUGCCUGUAGACGAUGUUUUGGAAGAGUUGCAACGUGUUACGGCAACGACCCUUGAUUGUCGCGUCAUUGGAAGCGGGGAGAACGAUGUGUUUCUGCGCAUGAUGGAUGCCGAGCGAAGACCGUACAUUAAUGAUGAAACAAGGCUCUCCUCGAGGUAUGAGGUAUUGCCUCUGGGAGCGCCGCUUCUUGAGGCUUUUCUCACUUAUGCGGCCAAAGGCCCCGAUCACAUUCAACGCCUACGGUCAGGAAUUGCCAUGAGUGAUUUGAAAGAUAUUCUUCCGUCGGAACUUUUGAAGCGCCUCCACCUAUACGAUUCUACGCAGGAAGAUGCAGCCUGUAUUUUUGUUUUUGAUCGUCUUCGGCAUCUGUUUGAUGUGAACAUGACGGCGUACAUGGUUCGUCCCUGGGAGGUACUUGCCGCACACGCGCAGCCAUCGAGUUUGACGUGGCAAACCACACCGAUACCUGUGGUGCUGCGCCACGGUCUGAUGGCACUUGAGAAAAAGCCGCUUUCCCCUGAAGCCUUUUUCAAUGCGUUGCCUUCUACUUCUCGGAAGCAGCUGAAAUGUGCUUAUGCCUCCGUGGCGGACUUUGCGGCGCACCACUCGCUUUAUUUAUUUUUGAAGGACGGUCUCAUUUGGACACCGUACCUCGCAGCCGUGUCACAGGGGGCGCGCGUUCCCGCAUCCUCACGCAAUGCGUCCUCGGGUCGUCAAUUAACCGAUGCUGCAAAGGCCAAAAUGAUGAUGGAGUUGUUGCCGCUUCAUCACCCGGUGGAUUGGUCCCGAUUUUGUACGCAGCCGUCUGUACGUGACCUGCCGUUCGAGGCAGGCAACAUGCGACAAGAAUUUUUUGAGCGACAUAAAGAGUGUUUCCGCGUUUAUGAACCACUUGGGACCACAGCACUCAUUGUAGGCAGGCGUGACGGCAUCCCACCGCCAGCGAAAUUGCUGCGGCCGCCGUGCAAUUCGUUAGGCGAUCUUGUGCGACAGGUGGCGUUGUUGUCCAUUGACGGGGCGCAGGAGGGGAAUAUCUUGAAUCAGCUCUCGAAGGAGGCGCGAUUGUUGGUAAAACGCUACGGUACGCUGGAGGACAUUGCCCGUCAGUUGCCCAUGUGGUUUGAUGUGCGGAACGAGAUGCGAGAUCCGGGAAAUGCCCUUAUAUCGUACAUAGCCACCGACCAGUCGCGGCCACCAUGCGAGAAGCAAAAACCCGCUGAUGAAUGA